GGGGUGAUCAAUGCGUACUAAGACAUAUCAGUAAUCUAACGAUGUCAGCAUGCUAUGAUCACCAGACGAUAUUAGUAUGCUAAGGCACUUGCCGUCAAUGUCAUAUAAGCAUACAAUUGUGUCUACUUCUCCAGUCUCCUUCAAGUUCAUUUCAGACUUCAGACGUGUUUCCUCAAAUUUGCCUGAUGUGCCUGCGUGUGCACAGUGCAAACAAGGAGAGGCACUGAGUCAGGUAGUCAGCAAGUCAACAUCACCAAAUUUCCACUGCCGGAUUCGAUACGUCUCUCUCUCUCUCUAUCUCUCUCUCUCUCUCUCUCUCUCUCUCUCUCUCUCUCUCUCUUCGUUUCAAUUCCUCGAAAUCUCAUAAAGAUAUCUCCUUUAUUCAUCCAUCAUAUCUGAGAUUCUGAGUAUCGUAGUUUUUCGUUAAAUUCACAGUUCAUUGAGUAGAGAUCAAGAGAACAAGUCAAAAAUGGCAGAAGAACACUUCCCGCCAUAAACACAAGAGCUCCAUCCAUGGCCGGCGUGAACCCUUUCACCUUUACACGUCUCUGUUUCACAAUCUUCUGCUUCAACUUCUUUCUGAUCUUUCAGUUUCACUGCUCAACGGCCCAGCAGCAACCACGGUUUAAAGCGGCGUACUGGCUUUCCGGCAGCGACUACCCAAUCGCCGACAUAGACUCAUCUCUCUUCACCCACCUCAUCUGCGGAUUCGUCACCGUCAACUCCUCCACCUUCCAGCUCUCCCCCACCCCAUCGGAUUUCCACAACUUCACCGCCAUCGUCCGCCGCCGCAACCCCGCCGUCACGACCCUCCUCUCCGUGUGGAACGGCCAGCAACAGACCGCCCGAGCCAUCGCCGGCGAGAACGUCGCCCCUGAUUCCGUCCUCUCCGCCGCGGCUGCCACCCCUUCCCGCCGGAAUUCCUUCAUCGAGUCCACAAUUCGAACCGCCAGACUCCAUGGGUUCCAUGGAAUUGACCUGUCCUGGAUCUGGCCCAACGGCACCGACGCGGCGGCGAUCGGACCUUUACUGGACGAAUUCAGAUCCGCCAUUGAUUCCGAAUCGGAAAGCUCGAACAAUUCGAAGCUGACCCUGACCAUGGCGGUUCGUCGCUCCCCAAAUUUCGGAUCCCUCAGCUACCCAGUUCAAUCCAUGGCGAGGAAUUUGGAUUGGGCCAAUAUCUUUGCGUUCGAUUACCACCUACCGACCAAAGAGAAUUUCACGGCGAACCACGCCGCCAUCUUCAACCCUUCCGGCGACCGAAAUGCCUCAACAGAUGCCGGAGUCAGAGAAUGGAUUCGGGUCGGGUUUCCGGCGACCAAACUGGUUCUGGGAUUGCCGUACCAUGGCUACGGCUGGAAGUUGGCGAAUCCCGGGAAUAACUCACUGGGAGCUCCGGCGACGGGACCAGAUACGACGAUCGCCGGCGAUAUGGGGUACAAGCUGAUCAAGUCUAUUAUUCAGAACUAUGGAUUUGGAGCUAGAGCGACGUAUAACUCGACUUACGUCGUGAAUUACUUCAUUGUGGGUUCGACUUGGAUCAAUUACGACGGGGUGGAAGCGAUUCGAGCGAAAGUUUCGUACGCCAUGGAAAUGGGACUCGCUGGUUUUAUUGCGUUCCAGCUGAGCAAUGACGAUAACUGGGAGCUCUCUCGCGCAGCUCAAUUGGUCGACAUGGAUGGAGGUGGAAACAGGCGGCAUUUGCUGCUGAAAAUCUUGCUCCCAAUCGCUGCAUUCAUCAUUCUAUCCGCCAUUGUUCUCUGCUACAUUCGAAACAGAGUAUUAAAGAAGCCCAAAGAAUCCAUGUUCCAUGGCGACAACAGUUCAGAACAAGCCAAAGCCUUGCGCUCCUCGUCACCAGUCUUCUUUGGCAGCAGAGAGCCUCCAAAUCUGCAGGCAUUCACCUUCUCCGAAAUCAAAGCUGCCACCAACAACUUCUCCACCGAAAACGUGCUAGGAUCUGGUGGGUUUGGCCCUGUCUACAAGGGUGUGUUGCCUAGAGGGGAGGAAAUAGCAGUGAAGAGGCUUUCAGAAUCAUCGACGCAGGGGAUUGAUGAGUUCAGGAACGAGGUUUCGCUCACUGCGAGGCUUCAGCAUGUGAAUCUGGUCAGGGUGGUGGGAUUCUGCACCGAAAAGGAAGAGAAGAUGUUGGUCUAUGAGUUCAUGCCGAACAGAAGCUUGGACUUUUAUUUAUUCGAUCCUGUGAGGAGGUUGAAGUUGGAUUGGGACAAGAGGGUUGGGAUCAUUGAAGGAGUGACUCAAGGCCUCUUGUACCUCCAAGAGUACUCGAAUUUCACUAUAAUUCACAGGGAUUUAAAGGCCAGUAAUAUUUUGCUGGACGAUGGGAUGAAGCCAAAGAUUUCGGAUUUUGGGAUGGCGAGACUGUUCAGGAAAGAUAUGGAUGAGGCCAACACUAGUAGGAUUGUCGGAACAUAUGGAUAUGUUCCUCCCGAGUACUUGAAGCAAGGCAUAUACUCGAUGAAAUAUGAUGUUUAUAGUUUUGGGGUUGUGCUCCUACAAAUUAUUAGUGGCAAAAGGACCCAACGUUACUAUGGUAUAAAUGAAGAUUUACAUCUCUUAGAACAUGCUUACGAAUAUUGGAGAAUUGGUGAAGGAAUGGAAUUCUUUGACUUAGCACUGGACGAUUCUACAUCGCAUUGUAAGUUGAUGACCUGUCUACAACUAGGAUUGUUGUGCGUUCAAGAAAAUCCGAACGAUAGGCCGACAAUGUUGGAAGUAUUAUCUAUUCUGAGAAAUGGUGUUCAAGAGAUGAGUAUACCAAAAAGGCCUGCAUUUUCAACCAAAAAGGAAAGGAUGGGGGAAACUGAAUCGAGACAAACUUCUAGAUCGCAACAAGGAGUAUGUUCGUUUAAUGAUGAUGAUAUCUCUCAAGUGGAGCCUCGUUGAUUUGCAUAAUAGUGUUUUUUUAGAAAGAUACUAACAAGAUUCUCUUGUAGACCAUUUUUCGAUUUAUGGGUUUUAUCCUUGUACAAGAGUCAUACUAUUCUUUUCUGUAUAGUUUCAAUCAUAUAUGCUCAGUUCAUGCGUUGUACAUAUCCUCUCCGUCAAUAAUAUUCGCCAUGAAAAUUCUCAUAAAUAAUUUUGUCCAAAAGAAAAGAUGACUCUUAUG